UCGACUACAUAUAUAUUUUUUUUUUUAAUUUUCAAUGCUUUUAUUCGGCUAUAACAAAAUCUGUUUUCUUUCCUGAUCUCCAAAUUGCAAAUGAAAGUGCAACACUGUAUCGCGCUGUCAUUUGUCGGUCAAAAAGCAAAUGUAAAUAAAUCCAAAUAAAAACGCAAUUCAACAAAUAGCAGCAAAAAGUCGGUAAAAACGAGAGUUUUGCUUGGAACAUAAGAAGAGUGCUAUAAAAACAAAGUAAACAAAAGCGUGAAAAAGUGUAAAAAAUACCAGCGCACGCAGUGUGUCUGUUCAGGCUGCUGGAGACUGAUACAAACAAACAAACGUUGUAACCGAAACCCCAACACCCCCUUGAAUAUAUGGAUGUAUGUAAAUACAUAUGUACCUGGAGAUAGCUGUGGAGGCGAAUUAGAUAAGUAAGGAGUGAUUGCAAUGUGCGGUGGAAAAACAAGAAACUGAUUGAGAGUCUUACUAAAGCUGGAGCGUAUGCUCACAUGCCAUUCAGUGAAGAGCUUAACUGGCUGGAAGCACGAGAGGCACGAGAAGCAAGCAACAAAAACGUCUACGAUUGAUUUUGAAGUGUGGUCAACAACAAAGCAAAGGGAACAAUAAUUUUUCAGUUGAUUUUUGUUGUUCCGCGAAUGCUGUUGGUUCGAUAAUAAAUUCGCGUGCGUAUAACAAAAGCUAGCGCGUAGUGCAAUAUCAACUGAAAGAAAAAAUAAUAAUACAAAGUAAAAAAUAUCAAACAAAAUAUACCGACUCUUGAAGAAGCUGUGGAAAAAUAUUGAAAAUCUUUAAAAAAGUCUUCCACUGGCUUAGAAACAAAUUGAAACUGAAUUGCUAUUUGGAUCUACAUAAUUAAAGUAAAUUGAAUUUCCAGAUUUUUUCGGGCGAAAUAUUUUGAACAAAAUUUUAUGUAAACACUACUAUGAAAUUGGAUGAAAUUGUUGCAUGGUAUCAAAAAAAGAUUGGCACCUACGACAAGCAGCAAUGGGAGAAAACAGUUGAACAAAAGAUACUCGAUGGUUUUAACAGUGUUACGCUUAAGAAUGCAAAACUUAAAACAGAUCUUAUUGAUGUGGAUUUAGUUCGAGGUUCCACCUUCCCCAAGGCCAAGCCGAAACAAUCUCUAUUAACUGUGAUACGUUUGGCAGUUUUACGUUAUUUCUUCUUGCCGGUUUUUGCACGAUGGUGGGUCAAACAGACAUCGCCGAACACGUUCGCUUUGCUCCUGCUUAUGUACAUCACACAAAUGAUCACUUGGGCUGUGUACACAUUCAAUGUACAUCGCUUCGAUGGCGGUGUCAGUGGGGGCGAUGGUUCGAUCAUGCCAACCCUCCAGGUACCGUUGAGCAAUUCGACGCGAGGCAAUGUUACCGCAGAAGCUGCGGUUGAGGCGAGUAAGGGCGCAGAGGAAGAGCAUGUGGUCACCCUCUCGGACCUGAUCAUACCUAUGGUGCUGGGUUUGCUGCUCAGCUUUAUACAUUCGCAAAUUGUUGCUACAAAUAUACUAAGUGGCGCUAAAUCGAAGCACAGACGCUGUUCGAAUGCCAGUCAGGGUGGCAAGCUGCCACGACAGAAUGGUGAAAACCGUGUGCGCAGACGUAAAAAGCUUGUGAGGGUCCGCAGUCAAGAGUCGACCGAUGCCUCGACCCAACAACAGCCAAAUGCAGCAUCUCCAUCGCAGCAAUCACAGCAACAGCAGCAGCAGCAAGGUUCACUAGCACCACCACAGAGUACACAACAAACUCGCUUGCUUUGUGCCAUGCAGAGAAUGCAAGCAAAUGCCGAAAAGUUAUCUAAAAUCAAUAAUGCCACCACAAUUGCUUUGGAUACGGCACAAAAUAAUGUCGCUGCUGAUGCCAACUCUUUCGGCGUGUCGAAAAAGCGACCACCCGUGCCACCAAAGAUAAUCACCGCUCGGAUUGCCAGCGCAGAGACUUUCAACAACACCACCAUCACGACGUCAGGCAUACGCCGUGGCGCCAGCCCAGCCAAACUGAAGCUUGAUCUCAAAUCCACCAUGCAAACGUCGACAACCAGUGCUGCGGAAUGCAGUAGCACCGACUGCAAUACCGAUAAUCCUAGCCCAACAAGUAGUCAUAGUUUAGCUAAUAAGAAACGUAAUGUCAACUGGCACUCGCCCAUACAUAACUAUGCUGUGACGUGCAGCGAGCCUAGAGUGGUUGUGGCAAGCACACAAGAGAAACAGCAACAAACCUCGCCGCAAUCACUGUCAUCUCCUUCUUGUUCCGCCUCCGCUUCGGCAGCUACCACCACAACGACAAGUGAAACAAAUUCGCCGAAUACAACACGCGGCUGCGCAACAGCGUUGCAAGGAAACGAGGGCGCUUGUGAUGGCAGUACCACUACUUCCAGCGCGAAUUCUUCGCCCAGCAAUAAAACAGUGCGCAUCGACACGAGCGUACAAGAAUUCUACGAUGAUCUCAUAAGACGUACUGAUCGUCUUGUGAGCGCAGAGCAAAAUGCGCAGUUGGUGAGUGGUUGCUUAGGUGAUACAGCAGCGCCUAUUGUGGAGCCGGUGCGCCGUAACGACCGUCUGGCAGCGCAAGUACCGCAACGUGACGCUAAUCGCCGACAAAUUUGCGAAGAUGAUGGCUUUGAGAGCUUGAAUGGUAAGAGUUCAAGUGGUGAAGAAAUGAAUUUAGCAUUGCCGGUUGCAUAUGUGGUGACGCCGAUGCAUGCAGAGGAGAAUAAAUUACGUUUGCGCUUGAACGCGAGCAAUCUUGUUGAUCGUGUGGAGGACACAAGCAGCUACGAGGGUGACCAACCAAAGUCGGGCAUGUACUAUCGUCUUAAGCCGGCGAUUGAUAAAUCUCGUCCACUCUCUGCUUGUGAUGCUUAUCCGUCGAGUCGGAAACACAAUGCCGCUACUGGCGCUGACGUAAGUAGUGGUGAUACCGAUGAGGAAGGUGAUGAUGGUGAAACUAUAUCGAGCCCCGCCUCCUUAGGCAAUGCUUCCAAUUAUACGGAAUGUACCACUUCGGCCACCGAGUGGCUGGGCGUGACUACAAAUAGUGAGGAAUGCAGCUAUAGCUCGGAGUUGGAGAACUCAGAUAACUAUAAAAGUAAUCAAUUCUCCGAUGAAGAUGGCUACGAUGGUGAUUUUAUGCCCACAACCAUUUUAAAUCCGCAUGGCACAUCGGAUCGCAUCAGCUGCACUGUUUGGGAGCAACGCGAAAUUAAGAAAGCACAAAUGUCCGUGUUAGAAAUCUCCUCCUGCAUUAUUGAGCGUGUCGAAUCAAUGCCGGAGACAAAUGAUUAUAUUUACAUAGGUUUGGGCUUCUCCGUCUUGCUGUCAUUCAUACCGUCCUUUUGUCGUUUGUGUGAGGUUACAAUUGAUAGCGCAAAUGCUACGGAAAUCAAUUACCUCGAAGUGCCCAUGUUGUUGUGGCAAAAAGCAGCAUUCUCCUUCUCGACAAUAUUUGUUUUUGCCUUUGGUCAUACGCAAUGGGAGCGCACGGUCUUGGUAAUAAGUUUCCUACAGCGUCUCUGCCUCACGACAAUUCUUUUUAUUGUUUUCGCUGUGGCAGAGCGUACCUUUAAACAACGUUUCCUUUAUGCGAAGCUGUUCUCACAUCUCACAUCAUCGCGUCGCGCACGUAAAUCAAAUCUGCCACAUUUUCGUUUGAAUAAGGUGCGAAAUAUCAAAACUUGGCUCAGUGUGCGUUCAUAUCUCAAGAAACGUGGUCCACAACGCUCGGUGGAUGUCAUUGUCUCAGCUGCUUUCAUAGUUACUUUGCUAUUGUUGGCUUUUCUCAGCGUAGAGUGGUUGAAAGAUUCAGUACACCUGCACUCACACUUAAAUUUAGAGGCACUGGUGUGGUCCACGACAAUUGGCAUAUUUUUGGUGCGCUUUAUGACGCUGGGCAAUAAAAUACAUCACAAAUAUCGCAGCGUAUCCGUGCUGAUUACCGAACAAAUUAAUUUGUAUUUACAGAUCGAACAAAAACCGAAGAAAAAAGAUGAACUCAUGGUCUCUAAUAGCGUACUCAAGUUAGCUGCUGAUUUACUCAAGGAAUUGGAAUCACCAUUCAAAAUAUCGGGGCUUAGCGCUAAUCCAUAUCUAUUUACCACCGUUAAAGUUGUCAUACUCUCAGCGCUAUCGGGCGUUUUGAGCGAAAUGUUGGGCUUCAAAUUAAAGCUACAUAAAAUUAAGAUUAAGUAAUUUAUAAGAAGUAAACUGGUAAUAAAUUGAAAGAAAAACGUAUAAUAUUAGAGUGGCGAAAGCCAUACUCUCCCACGUGUUUGAAACGUACGGAUUUACUCAGUAGCAUUGCAUAACUGCAAAAGUAAGCACUAAAUUUCGAACUUGAUAAAUGUAUUUAUAGAUACACACACACACACACUGACUGUUAUUUACAAUUUGUAAAAGUGAUCUUAUUUCUGCACCGAUAAUUUAAAUGCAAUAUGUUGAUAGUACAAUAAACAAGUUAUGUAUGUAUUAGCUUUAAAGGAUUAUAGCUUAAAAAACCUUAAAAAAAUAGUUGAAACAAAGUAUAUCAGAAAUAAACACACAAUUAAAACCAUAACUUAUUGAAUUAAUUGUUAAAAA